AUGCACAUUCACUUAACCCGGUUCCAGUUCACUUUUCUAAUUAUUAGUUUACUAUGUUUUACACACUUAUCACAUUGCAUCAAAAUAUUUGCGCGCACAUCAAAAAGUCUCGUGUUACUGAAUAUCGACCCAAAAAAAGAGAAAAACUCAUUUUCCAACACGUUAGUAGAAACAAUUGUUGAAGAUGUGAAUGCUCUACUAACCGUUGACACCGGAAAGAAUAUCGGCUAUUACUUUAUAGAUGGGACAUUAUACUCAUUGAAUUUAAAGAGUGGAGAGUCAUCAUCGUUAGGAAAACUCGGUGAGCAUAAUACUGAACCACCAUCAACGAUGAGUUUUGACUGGAAGACAAAUACGAUUUACAUUGGAGUGCAAGGAAAUCACGAGAGCGGAGGAAGGAUAGAAUCCUGCCUUAUAACCAAUACGUCAGUUUGCACGGUGGUUUUAAAUGACAAAUUGGAUUUUCUCUAUUCAUUGAUUCUAGACCCCGAGCAUGGAAGAAUGUUUUGGCUCAACGGUGUGACAAAUUCCAUCGAAACAAGUACAAUGAGCGGCUACAAUCAUCAGAACAAUGCCUAUACGAUGAAUGUAAAAUACCGAUCACAUUCUCCGGUCUAUCAUUCGCAAUCCAACCGAGUAUUCUUCAUUCGUUCCUCAUCGAAUUCAAAUGAAAUUGUGGGAUGCUCGGUUAACACUUCAGCAAGCUGCGAGAUCAUUACAAGUGUUAAUAAUAUCAUUUCCCUCUUAGUUUCUGAGAAUCAUUUGCUAUGGACUGCAUCGGCUCGAAGCGAUCUUUGGUAUUGCGAAGUUGCGGAUUGUAACCGAACAAUUUCAAAAACAAUGUUCAAUGAUAUCGACAACAUGGUUCUUGCCGAUGGAGCUAACGGACCGCCCUCAUGUCUUGUUCAAAACGGAAAAUGCUCACAUUUUUGUUUAAACAGUGAUAACAGUGAGUCAUCACGAUGCGCUUGUCCAAUCGGAAUCGCUCUCGAGAAAGAUCAACGGACGUGUCGAGACGGUGGAAUUCAAAAGGCGUUGUUCGUCUCAUCCCUCAACGGCGUCUUUAUGAUAUCGUUGGAUACAUUUGAUCACGUUGCGAUUCCAUUAUUUUAUGAAAAUGGUGACGAUGUCAUGAGGGUUGAUGAUAUUGAAUUCGAGAGCAAAAGCAAUAUGGUUUAUUGGAUUGAGGACGAGCGCAAUCCCAAGGACCAAAAAAUUAAAAGAUUCGUUAAACGAGGAUAUAGAAAUGGGACGAAUAUUGAGAUUAUUCUAACUAUUCCAACAACGGUUAGCAGAAUAAAAAUUAAUUCUGAUUCUGGAAACUUGUACUGGCUUGAUGACAUUAAAUUAUCAAGAAUUGGAGUUACAAGUCUUGUAUCGCUGUUUUCUAAGACUUUGAUUCACGGUGACAUUCAAAACAUCAAAUCGUUUGCAAUUGUUAAAGCUGACGGAUCGUUGAUAGUCUCACAUGAUAGCCAUGAUCAUAGUAUAAUUGAUCGUUUUGACUCUAAUGGUAGAAUAUUGAAUACUUUAAUCACUCUCCCAAAAGGGGUUUUUGUAACUGAUUUAAACAUUGACAAUGAUCGUGAAAUCCUCUUUUGGAUUGAAAAAAAUUCAACUGAUCUUGUGUGGAUGGAUUUGAAAAGCUUCUCAGUCUCGCGAAUUGAAUUCGAUGAAACGAACCGCCUCCCUCAACCGAGCACGUUGGAAGUUGUUGGGACCACAGUGUUCAUUAAUUCAUUUCUAGGACGGUCAAUUCUUCAAGUAUCCAUUGAUAAUAUUCAUGUGCCUCAUAGCCGGUUGAUUGAGACUCCAAUUUUUGGGGCAAAAGGAAUGACAGCAGUCGAAUUCAGUGAAGCGUCGGUUAUAAGGCAUACUUCUUGCAGUCGAGCAAAUGGAUAUUGCGAACAUAUUUGUGUUGAAAACAGACUGAACUCGUCAACUAUUCAACGGUUGCAAUCAGACUAUCUUGAUGUUUUGAAAGACAUUCAAGCAUUCGAUGUUAACAAGGCUACACGUGAAAUUUUUCUGGGUGGGACCGGCUAUGACAAUUCUGCUCUUAUUGUCAAAACGCAAUACCCGAAACCAUCGACUGUUGGAGUUAUUGAGGCGAUCAUUAGUUGCGAGAUUGUUCUCGAGGAUCUAGGAAUCAAAAAGAUUUUUUCUGUAGCAGUGGAUCACGUAUCUGGGAAUAUUUAUUGGUCGGAUUCCGCGAAUGAGCAAAUUGAAGUAUGCGACAAAACGGGAAAAUAUCGAAAAGUAUUAGCGUGGAAGCAAAUCAAACCAAGGCAAAUUGUUCUGCAUCUCCGGCUAAAAGUUUUAUACUUCAUCGAUGCCAACAAGCCGGGCACUAUCAAGAGAAUGUCAAUGAAUGGCGACAUGAAUGGUGGAAAUGAUCUGAUAUUGAAUGUUGAAAAUGUUUUGACACUAACUGUUGACGUCACAAAAAACCAAAUCUUCUGGGUUGAAUUCGAUAAAUCAUGGCUUUUCACAGUGGCAACCAGUGAUGGAAUUUUCCGUGAAAUGUUUUAUGUGGGCAAGGACCAAAAACCUAUCGGCGCUGCUAUACAAUCCGGCAACACCUACUAUGUGGAGAAUCAAAACGGAACCGGCAGAAUCGGAUACUACAACGGGUUGACUAUGCAUACCGAGUUUGAUAAUUUGAUGGAAACAAAAGCCAUAACGAGUUUCUUCAACAACUACAGCCACUUUGUCAUAAACAAAACUCCAACGGUUCUAGACCCUCUUCAAUGCAAACCGUACAUUCACACGAUAAUCGCUGCAAAAAGUUCUGGAUUCUUCUUCAUUGGUUUGCAAGGGUUACCAGGAAAACUACUAACUUGGAAACAAGAUCCUGUCAUCAGUCUGCCUAUCAAACGGAAAUCUUUGCAUGCACCCAUUGCUUUCUCAUACCAUCCAUCGGAUCGCGUACUGUUUUGGGUUGACAAAGAAGAUUCGUCAGUGUUGAACAUAGUGAAAAUCGAUGAACCAAAAAUGGUAUACACCGUAUCUGCUCAAACAGCUGCAUGCCUCUCUUUUGUGUCUCUAGCAGUUGAUUCAAUCGGAAAUAAUUUGUAUGCCACGUGUCAUCUUAAUGCUACUGGCUUUAUUGUCAUUUAUAAAAUUGAAAAUGAUCCACUCAGUCUUGUCUUCAUUGCUCGACUUUCUUCUGGAUCUACUUCAACUCUAGAAUCAUCAUUUCCAACGAAACCGAGAUCGAUUGCCGUGUAUCCAAAUAGAAACGCAUUUUUCUAUGUGAAUGGUGCUGUACACGAAUCAACACAAAGCUCAAUCAUGAAAUGCACUCUAGAUGGUAAGAUAUGUUCGACGUGGCUUAAGGACGUAAUUGAUCCAAAUACACGAUUGCAAGCAGAUCCAAACGUGGAGAGCUCACGACUGUUUUACACGGAUUCGAGUGGAGUUUGGUCUCGAGACAUUGCUUCAGCCGAAUCCAACAUUCAGCAUCAUUAUGGAACCCCAAUGAGUAGCAGAAAGUAUGAUGUCGCCCCUAUUGAUGAGCAAUCUCUGAUUGUGAUUUUGAUCGGAGACAAAAAAUCAAAAGCGUAUGAUUGGCCUGGGAACGAAUCGAUAUUCGAUUUGGCAGAUACCGAACUAAUUUCUAGAUUCGCUGAUUAUGAUGUGCAAAGUAAAAUUUGUCGAGCUGCUCAAUGCUCUGACAUUUGUCGCUAUGUUCGGGACAAGGAUUCACCAAUUCACGAAAAGUAUGAAUGCCUUUGUCCUAGAGGAUCUGCUAUAAGCUCAGUCAACAAACGGCAGUGCAUAGCAAGUGUUUCGUGUCUACCAUGGCAAUUCACUUGCUCAAAUGGAAGGCAGUGUAUUCAUGCUGGAAAGAAGUGCGACGGCAUUAAUGAUUGCUUCGAUCAUAGCGAUGAAGAAUUCGCAAUGUGUCGGUCGCAUUCUUCCGAACUUUGGCCAUGCGAUGAUGGAUUCAGCAAUAUUAAUCGAACAUUAGUUUGCGAUGGGUAUGCUCAAUGUGCUGAUGCUUCUGAUGAAUUACACUGUCGCUGCGAACGACCGCAUGAAUAUUUCGAUUGUGGUGCUUGGAGCCAUUCUACAUCUUCUAAAUGUGUACCUAGGGCAGCUCUGUGCGAUAGAAUCAAUGAUUGCGAAAGAGGAGAAGAUGAGCAGACAAUGCUAUGCCUGAAUCUUGGUAUGUCUAGUGUCGUUGGUGAGCCUCACCUCCUCUACUUUGUACUUCUCAUCAUUGUUUUCUUGCUACUUUUCGUCAUUAUACUUUUCUGUUGUGCUAGAAAGGACAAGCAAAUAAUGGAGCACGUAGCAAAUAAUGGAGCAACAUCCACGACAGGUUACGAAUCGUCGCGCUUGAUUCGUGCUCUACCGGAAAUUCCGAAUCAAACUGAAGAAAUUCAAAUGGAUAGCGUGACAUAUUCGGUUGCCGAUAGCUCGUCGAACGUUUCUGCGCUGCCGCCUCCAAAUUCGUGUGCUUCAGUGGAGACAAUUUAUCAUCCGCCUCAUCGAUUUUAUGCGCCUCCACCAAGUACAGCAAGUCUUUCGACUUAUGGAGUUGUGCCAAUCACAGAAAUUCCGAAAUCAUCGAACCGGAAAAAGAUUCGCCGAGUGAAAAGUAGGAAGAUCAGCGCGUCCGUUGAAGACUUGCCAAGAACAUCAACACCUCGUACAAUCACUGGAUCUUCAAGUCAAAAUGUUGACUAUAAUCCUCUACCACCAAUGCCAAACUUCACCCCAAUGUCCAGCCUGAUCUCAGCAUUAGGAGUUUGCAUGGUGGCAAAUUUUCCGGAAAGCGAACAGCUAACGGUGCAUUCAAUCGGAGCGUUCAUGUUUUUCUUUGCAUUCGUUCUUUACUUCUGGGGACUUCUUGUGAUUUCCUACAGCAUUCGGCCAAAAAUGGUGUCGGUUCGUUUGACAAAUUUCCGCUUGCUUCUUACGUUCUCCUUAUCUCUUGUUCUAAUUUUCCAUAUCAUCUGCCUGUUUGUGCAACCAUUUGUCACAAGAAUUGAUGGAAAAUUGCCACCGAAACAGGUUUGGAGCGACAACAUUGAAAGGCCGAAUAGUACAUCACCGUACUAUACGAAUCAUGUGGUCGCUGCUUUGUCCGAAUGGAUUUUAGCCCUUUUGAUGUUGAUUGGAAUUUUAACGUUUAGCUUUGAGUUUGCUGCCACCGUAUAUCAUGCACCUCGUUUGUUGUGGGAAUCUACCGCUACACAACCGUCUCCUGAUCAUAAUAUGACAAUGAUCAAUUCAAAGGAAUCCCGCUUUCCACACUAUGAUGCUUUCGUACCGUACUCGACCUUCGCCCAGCAAACAGUUCAAGACAACUACUCGGAGUCGACUUCAGUUCGUCGAUUGCCAAGAGUUGAUAAAAUCUAUACUGCGGGGACGGUGUACUCGUCAAGAAACCUUGGCACGCCAACGUACAACGGAUAUACGGCACACUAUUGA